AUCUUUUUUGGGUACCAAGUACAAGUACUGCACAAGGUACCUUCGUACACAUCCCCUUUGCGAUUUCGCAUUCGAAGUCGAAGGGUAAAGUUGGCACCCCCAAUUACAACAACCACCCCCAAAUAACCACCAAAAAACGUUUAAACGUCCCACGCGACCUAAGAUCAUCGACUGGUCCCUUAAAAAUUCCAGUUCUUACGGCCGCCAAUCGGACAGGUCACACACCUACAUAUUCCGCCUUGACUUCUUGCUCUCCUAUGAUUUUCUAUCAAAAUCCCUUAUCUAGUCGACACCGCCCACCCAUUUUCAAAAGAUUGAAGCAUCGGAACCUUUUCUACGUGUAGCCUCUCCUCACCCAUGUUUCUGCCCCCUCACCUGUUUGUGGUCGGAUUGUUCUGACCACCGCUCAACACUCUUUAUAAAAGGAAACAACUCCAUUCUAGUACACAAGAGCUUGUCCCAAGCGUCGUGUGUUAGGUAUUUAAGCUGGGAUCUUCCUUAGCAGAACACCUUUUGUCAUACAUUGUGAAUAUCCACUAUCGACCUCAGCAACCGAACCCUCUCUCCUUUCCAAAAUGGCCUUUCAUCAGCCUACACGUCAGGCCGCUCAACGAGUUUUUCGUCCUUUACCUGAAGACGAAGAGUCGCCACAGCUUGCUUCCACCUCACAAACCGUGCAAGAUUCCCAGACCUGGGUUCUUUUCUCACCCCCUACCGAUGCCGGCACCUCGACGUCCUACUUAACUUCAACCCAUAAGACUACGAGUACACCGGGUCGUUCGCGACUGAGUGAAAUUGGAAGCCUUGGCACAGUUGCGCCAUCUGGUCCUAGUGCCGAGCGUCGACAAUCUUCGAGCUUCGUUGAUGCGGCCGAAGAAGACGACGAUACCGAGCUGGACAGUUUAGAUAGUCAUCUCGCUGAAUUUCGCUCGGGUCCUAGCUUCUACGAUCCGCCUCAUGCUCAUCCCUUUGCAACACCUGUCGUCCCUGGCCAUAAUGGCCUGGGUAUGUUCCGACUAGAGCAGGAUGGCAUUAACGCUGACCUUCAAGAGCGACUUUACGCAUUCGAACAGUAUAAUCCCCACCGAGUGACGAGACCCCAAAGUUUAGACUUGAAUCAGAUCGAACGAGUAGAUGAGACGACGCGGGAAAUGGACAAAAUGAAGUGGAUAGAAGCGUGGCGCCUAGAACAAAGUCGUUGCCUCUUAGAAGAGAUCCAAAAAGAAACGCGCAGGAGACGACGGUCUGUUGCCAGUGUGUCGGUACCCAACCCCGUAGAAGAAAGGGACGAUGAUGUGGUGACGAUGAGCGGUCUAGACGAUUCACCACGUGGCGCAGUAGACCAGGGCCAAGAAUGGCACGACCACGACGAAAGCGAAGAAGGAACACAUGGAGAAAGUAUCCUGGGACGCAUUACUCGAAAAGUCGUUCGCGACAUUCUGGGAAUUGACGACAAGAUGCUGUCCAUAUUAUUUGGUGAAGAAUUGCCGGAUGAAGAAGACCUUUGCUCAACACCAAAGCUAACGUCCACAUCCGCGUCUCAACAAACAGACGCCAGAGCGGAGGAUGCAGCAGAUUCCGGAUGGAAGCUCAAAAUGCUGGAGCGAGUCGCUAAAGAGCUCGGUCUACUCAUUCACCGGCUCUCUGACCAUCCUGGAGCCUUCUCGACUUUUAGUCGAGUACAACAAAUGUCUAUUCCGUAUGCGGGUCUACCUUCCAUACCGGAGAGUGCAAACGACGCUACAACCAGUGCGAGGACGGAGGAACCUCCCGCGGCCGUACCCGAAUUCCAGCCGACAUUAGCUACAAAAGCUCAGCAACCUAUCGACGUACCUCAAGUCACACAACCGACAAAGUCGGGUCAAGCUAAUACACUGUCGCAAUCGCAAUUAGAAAGUGCCGCACUAGCAUUUACGCAAGAAGAAUGGGAACAGGAAUUAGAUGUAAGACUCGUGUUUCGUUAUCUCAGAUCGCGCUUCACAUCACGAUCCAGCAACAGUGGUGCGAUCUCUAGCAAUUCCGGCGCGGCAUCGUCAAGCAUGCAAGACGUAGCGGCCAAGGUUGCUCGAGUGCGUCAACACCACCCGUUAAUGUCAAGGCCACGCACUGCAGAAAGGCGCAAGUCCAAGACGGCUGUGCCUUCGAGUCCCCUGUUCAAGCAUGCCUCAAGCUGCGCCAGCCAAAGCACACGGAAAUCAGUAAGGAAGAGUAGCGCCUCAUCAUCCCGGCAUUAUUGGGAUAUCGGCGGUUCUGUCGGCACAGGCUCGAUGAUUGCGACGACUGGGCCUAUGGGAAGUUGGGGCGAGGUCUGAAUGUGACCAAAGAGAAAAAAAAAAAAAAAAAA